GAUAGGCACAAGGGGUGAGGGCCAGGAACCAGGCGAGCACUUUGUCCGAGACGGCUUGCAACGUCAAUCAACGUCGACAAAAGGCUCUGGGUACGGCGGUCAAGGCAGAAAUGGCGCAGCGUCUCUUGACCGCGAAGAUGCUCCGUCCCGGCUCUUUGAGUGUGCUUGCCAGGGGGGCCGUGGGCUCUGCUUGCGCACCAUCACAUAAGAAUUUUGUCGCAGCUCGACCUUUUUGGAACAGUGCCUCUGCGACGACGCAGACGCCAAAGCCGCAAUUCAUCACGCCGUCUCCGACCCCAGGUGCUCUCGCGAAUGGUCAAGCAUCAGUCUCAUCGGGGGGGUCGCAUGAUGCAUACACCGGCGUCCAAACACAGGGAGGAAGCCCGAGUGAGCCGAAAGGACCUGGCGGAGAAAAGAAGAAAGCGAAGAAGGGCUUUUUCAAAAGAUUGCAAAGAAUAACCGGCUAUACAUCAGUCGCCGCCCUGGCUACGGCAGCCUACUUUGUCUAUGAUGCCAACCACCCGCCGGAGCAGCUGCCGCCCGAUCCAUCGAAGAAGACAAUUGUUGUCCUUGGCAGUGGUUGGGGCUCCACAGCCCUUCUCGAUGCCAUCGACACGACAGACUACAACGUCGUCGUCAUCUCGCCCCACAACUACUUCCUCUUCACACCGCUCUUGCCCUCGGUCACGGUCGGUACGCUCAACGGACGUUCGAUCACCCAGCCGACGCGCUACAUGGUCCGUUACAAGACGCGCGAGGUGCAGGUGGUUGAAGCAGAAGCGACGAAGGUCGAUGUUGCAAACAAAAAGGUGACGUUUGAAGACAAGAGCGAAAUAUACGGCAAUCUGGGCACCGUCGAGGUUCCCUACGACUACCUCGUCUACGCUGUAGGCUCAGAGAACCAAACAUUUGGCAUCGAGGGCGUGAAAAAGUACGGGAAUUUCCUCAAGGAACUUGGCGAUGCUGAAGAGGUCAGGAGGAAAUUGAUGGAUUGCGUCGAGAAGGCGUCGUUGUUAGGCCAGAGCGAAGAGGAAAUCGACCGGCUGCUCCACUUUGUCGUCGUGGGAGGAGGCCCCACAGGUGUGGAAGCUAGCAGCGAAUUCCGUGACUUUGUGCGAGACGAUCUCUCCAAGUGGUAUCCCGCAGUAUCCGGGCGGGUCAGAGUCUCUCUGAUCGAGGCGCUUCCCAACAUUCUGCCCAUGUUCUCCAAGAAUCUCGUCGAAUUCACCGAAAAUGUCUUCAAAGAAAACGAAAUCCAGAUCUUGACCAAGCAUAUGGUCAAGGACGUCGACGAGAAGAGCGUGACAGUACAGGGUCCCGACGGCAAGAUCAUCAAUAUCCCCAUGGGCAUGCUCGUGUGGGCUGCCGGUAACACUGCCCGGCCCCUCACCCGCGACGUUCAAGCCCAGCUCAAGGGCAAGCAGACGAAUCGUAGAGGUCUCCUCGUCGACGGACACAUGCGCCUUGUGGGCGCCGAAGACAGCAUCUUUGCCCUCGGCGAUGCGACGGCAACCGAUCUGGCGCCAACGGCCCAAGUGGCCAAUCAGCAAGGAGCCUACCUCGCCUCCGUCUUCGCUCAGCUCUCCCGCGCGGACCGCGUCAACUCCAAGCUGGAAGAAGCUAAGCGAUUUGGAGCAGCUCCCGAGGAAAUUGCAAGGCUAGAGAGGAAGCUGAAGAAGAUGCUUGACAUAAGCCAAUUCUCUUUCACCUCUCGGGGUGCCAUGGCUUACAUUGGCCAUGAGAACGCCAUCGCCGACUUGCCCUGGGGAUCGGUACAAUUGAGCAGCGGAGGCGUCUUGACUGGCGUGGCAUGGUCAAGCGCUUACUGGAGCCUCUUGUUUGGCAUCCGUAGUAGGACUAGCGUUGCCCUCGACUGGCUUAAAGUCCGAAUCUUUGGACGAGAUCUUACCGUCUGAGCAGGAG